AUGGAUCUUGAAAAUCUGCCAUCACUUCCAAAUGCUCAUCAACAAAUUCGUUUAGGUGAUAGUCAAGUAUCAAUACAAAAAUGGACAGCAGCUAUUGAAUAUUAUUUACGUGCAAUCGAAUACUUCAAAACAAUACAAAAUACUCUACAAGAUAAUAGUCUGAUAUCAAUUAUUCAAGCACAAAUAGCAAUUAAAGCUGAACGUUAUUCAACUAUAACUCGUGCUCAUUCAACAUCUAAUGCAAAACCAUCAACAAAAAUUAAUCGAAUAAUGCCACGAUAUCAUACAUUCGACUUAGAAAAUAUUGUAUUAUUAGGUGGUCGUGGUAGUAUGGAUUCAUUUGCAGCACUUAUAUUUCCAAAUAAUAAUUCUGAAAAUUCAAUGAAGAAUCUUUCAUUAACAACGGCAAAGAAAAAUAAAAAAGAUGACUCACAAAAAAUGGAAGAAUUAAAAAUGAGUUAUGAAGCACUAAAAACUCAUCUUAAAGCAGCAUUUGAUGAUAUUGAAAGAUUAAAAAUUGAGAAUAUUGAACUACGUAUGCAAAGAGUAAUCAAUAGUUCACAACAACAAAUUGAGUUCGGAAUAUUAUCAACUAGUCAUGAAAACAAAGAUACGCAAGAGUCAGAAAACGAACUUGAAGUUACAAUAUGA